AUGAGUCUGACCACGCCUCUAAAUCCAGCUGCCAAUUUGCUGAAAAUACAGAGGACACAGGAACAUGCUGAAUUCUCCAAGAUAAUAUUCUCUCUUUUCAAAGCCAGAAGCUUAUUUUUUAAUGAGGGAUGUCCUUCAAGAUACUAUAACUGCAGAAUGAAGUGCAAUGAUGAUGAAUACGCAGUUAGAUUCUGUGCUGACUGGAGCAUCUGCUGCAGAGCGAAGAAGAUUGAAUUGAAGAAAAGACGGAAGUGGUGA